UCGCGUUGUUGGCAAUCAGACCAUUUUUUUUCCUCCAAGCAAAGAAUACAGAAGUUGGUAAGAAAUUGCCCAGAGUAAUUUGUUAUGACAAUGGAUACAAUACGCUGUUAUUUCAUAUUUUUGGUCAUGUUUCUUGGAGCAGGAAUUCACAUAUCAAUCGCGUUGCAGUGCGACUGCCAGUGGUGUAGUAACAGUACCUGCUACACGGAUGGCCUGUGCUUUGUGUCCUUCGUCAAGUCGGGCAGUAAGAUGGUGGCACAGGGGAGCAGGUGUUUACUGGAAGCAGACCUCAUCCCUAAAGACAGGCCGUUCUUCUGCGCCCCUUCCAAGAAGGAGAACACCGGUGUUGUCCCUGUCUGCUGCAACAGAGACAUGUGUAACAAAGACCUCAACCCAGAAGACUACUCAGAGACAUUCCCCACAGCCCGUACCCCUCCACUGAGCCCAGUGACCCUGGCGGCCGUCAUCGCGGGGCCGGUGUGUAUGCUGUGUUUCGUGCUGCUGCUGGUGUUCUAUGUGUGUCACAGCCGCUCGAUUAUCCACCACCGCGUGCCCAACGAGGAAGACCCUGCCAUGGACCACCCCUUCCUGGCCGACGGCCAUACCCUCAAAAACCUCAUCUACGACAUGACCACCUCCGGCUCCGGAUCAGGUCUGCCCCUAUUGGUGCAGAGGACCAUAGCCAGGACCAUCAUCCUGCAGGAGAGCAUCGGAAAGGGAAGGUUCGGGGAGGUGUGGCGGGGCCGCUGGCGAGGAGAGGAGGUGGCCGUUAAGAUCUUCUCAUCCCGGGAGGAGCGCUCGUGGUUCCGUGAGGCCGAGAUCUACCAGACAGUCAUGCUUCGCCACGAAAACAUCCUGGGCUUUAUUGCCGCUGACAACAAAGAUAACGGCACGUGGACCCAAUUGUGGCUGGUAUCAGAUUACCAUGAGCACGGCUCCCUUUUUGACUACCUGAACAGGUACACGGUGACAGUGGAGGGCAUGAUCAAGCUGUCCCUGUCCACCUCCAGCGGCCUGGCUCACCUGCACAUGGAGAUUGUUGGCACGCAAGGUAAACCUGCCAUCGCCCACCGCGACCUGAAGUCUAAGAACAUCCUGGUGAAGAAGAAUGGUACUUGCUGCAUCGCUGACCUGGGAUUGGCUGUCCGGCAUGACUCUGCCACUGACACCAUCGACAUCGCCCCCAAUCACAGAGUUGGAACCAAGAGGUACAUGGCCCCUGAAGUCCUGGAUGACUCCAUAAACAUGAAGCAUUUUGAGUCAUUCAAGCGGGCAGAUAUCUACGCCAUGGGCCUGGUGUUUUGGGAGAUCGCACGGAGAUGCUCAAUAGGAGGUAUCCACGAGGACUACCAGCUGCCCUACUAUGACCUGGUCCAGCCAGACCCCUCGGUGGAGGAGAUGAGGAGGGUGGUGUGUGACCAGAAACUACGGGCCAACAUCCCCAACAGGUGGCAGAGCUGCGAGGUGCUGCGAGUGAUGGCUAAGAUCAUGAGGGAGUGUUGGUACUCCAAUGGGGCGGCCCGCCUCACCGCGCUGCGCAUCAAGAAGUCCCUGUCCCAGCUCAGCCAGCAAGAGGGCAUCAAGAUGUAGACUAGAGGGUCAAGACUACCUGUCUGUCUGGACUUUCUUUCUGUCCCCAUCGCUAUGUGCUGUACUCUUCGACAUCUCUUUCUCUGAAGAGGGAGGGGAUAGUACAAUUCAGGUGGGUGUGUGUACCUUUCAAUGUCUCAUUCCUUCAAGGCUGAUUGGAGAGAUUGCUUCUCUGCUCUUCUCUGUUCUCCUCUGAGAUUGCAUCAGGACAUGGGUGGAUUCUGGAUAACAUUCUAGACUCUGGAUGCAGAGACACAACCUCCUGUCCCUCCCGUUGUUUUGCCUGACUGUAUCCAUCCCUUCUUUCUUACCCCAUGCAAGAAACGCUGGACUUUAUUGGGACCUCCUGUAGGAAUUCCAUUGCAAAUAUUCUGAAUCAAAGAAAAUAUGCAUUGAAAGAAAUUCUAAAUUUUGAUAUACCUCUCUCUGGUCAUUUCUCAAAGUACCAAGGUCAGUGUCUAUUUAAGUGUUUUGUUUAAACAUGAUUAAGUGUUACUUAUCUGAAUUUCUUUAUUUCACUUUAUCUUUCACCUUAAAAUGUUUAUUUUACAGAUGCCAGAUCCAUAUUUUUUUAAUGUGUUUUGUCAAGCAAAACAGAACAUGACCUCAUUAAGCUUUGUCAAAUAUGCAGUGAAAUAUGCAAUAUCUUGUUCAUUGCUAUGUAUAUAUGUUCCUUAAAGUGUAUACAGUGCAUUCAGACAGUAUUCAGACCCCUUGACUUAUUCCACAUUUGUUACGUUACAGCCGUAUUCUAAAAUUGAUUUAAUUAUUUUUUCCCCACUGAUCAA